AUGAGCCAGACAGCGCUCCUUGGUGGUUUAGCUAGUGCACUAUGUCUCUCGCUCAUGUGGCCAUACUGCUACCAGAAGCAGUGGGGAAUAGGAGGAUUCGCGUCCUGUCCAUGCUAUCACCCAAUCUGUGGUCGCGUAGGCCACCUCGACUGUGGGUGGGUAGGCGAGAAUGACCACGAGUUUUUUGGGUCACAAGAAGAACAAGAAAUCGCCGCAGAAGAGGAGCGAAGACGUCGACAAGCGUGGGCAGACAACAUUGUCGCCAAACGCGAGCAAGACAGAUUGCGAAACGCCAUGGCAAACCAGUACAAACGUCUACACAAUCAUGUCGCUGCCGGACGUGAUGGAGUCCUCGUGCAUGGGAGGGAGAGGGUGAUGGGUGUCGUCGGUGGGCUUAGGCCACACCGUAGCGGACCAGGAGUUGCAACAGUCACAGUCGAAGAAGUCGACCCAGCAAGAAAGAAGAAUAUUGCGCUCGGAGUGGGCGAGCGUAAUCUGGACGACAUUGUAGGCGGAAGCAAACUGCGCGAGCCCAAGCGAGGUUCUGUCCUCUUCGAUGGGCCAGGUGGUGUAGAUGAGCCCACAGCGUCGAGAUAUGGGAGUAUCAAUCAGAAUAAGCGACGCUCCAUUCGGUCAAGUCAGUACUCUGGUAUAGGAGGAACUACUUCGUCCGUCGACACUCGACGCGAUCCUCCGAGAAUAGGAGCUACACUCGUCGUACCAGGUGAUGGAACGGAGGAUACACAGCUCAACAGGGGUGUUAUCACCCCUCAAACGGUCAUUUUGGGCACUCGGCCCAAUGCACCACAGAGGCCUAUCCAGGAACAAUACACGGGAACCAAACCCAUGGUACUCAGUCCUACAACAGACAACUCGCUUCACAUACCCGAGGGAACUAGCCCACGAGAUCGAUGA